AUGGACAAAAGUUGGAUGAAUUCUAAGGAUAGACUUCGAUCAACGGAAUAUGCUGAAGGGGUUAAGGAGUUCCUCACACAGGCACGAAACCACGCAGUGGGGAGUGACCACAUCCGGUGUCCAUGCCGUAUAUGUUCUAAUAAUAUUUGGCUACCUAUAAGUGAGGUGGAAACUCACUUGUUCCUUACAGGGAUUAAUCCUAACUAUACGGAAUGGAUAUUUCAUGGGGAGGAGGAAGCAUGGAAUGUCACUGAUGACGAAGAAGAUGGCCAUGUUAGUGAUGAAGAAGGAUAUAUUGAUGACAUGGAUGAGAUGUUAAAUGACAUCAGGGGAGGGACAUUCGCUGAUGUAGCCUUAGGCAGUCCUAGCUGUGAUACUGGGGCUCCUAUUCCAGGAUCUACACAAUACUCAGCCCACGAAAAACUUUUAAAUGAUGCCAAACAACCACUUUUUGAUGGCUGCACACAGUUUUCGCAACUCUCUUUCAUUGUAAAAUUGUUACACAUUAAAACAAUUGGGGGUUGGUCAAUAAGAUCAUUUGACAUGCUGCUUGAGCUUUUGAGGUCUGCAUUUCCAGAUGCCCUCUUGCCACAGUCAUACGAAGAGUCACGAUCAUUGCAACGGGGUUUGGGCUUUAGUUACACCAAAAUUCAUGCUUGCCCUAACGACUGCAUAUUAUAUUGGAAGCAACAUUCCGAGCUAACUGAAUGCCCUAAAUGUAAGACUUCUAGGUGGUUGUCAACCACACACAAAAGCCGCCUAAUCCCUCAGAAGGUUUUGCGUCAUUUCCCUUUGAAGCCAAGGUUGCAACGACUAUAUAUGUCACGAAAGACAGCCGUUGAUAUGAGAUGGCAUAAAGAGCAACGAGCGAAUGAUGGCAUCAAUAUGAGACAUCCUGCUGAUUCAGAGGUUUGGAACCAAUUUGAUAAAGAUCAUAAUUGGUUUGCAGCGGAUGCUUGCAAUGUCCGACUGGGUCUAUCAAGUGAUGGAUUUAACCCUUUCAAUAAUAUGGCCAAACCUUAUAGUAUAUGGCCAGUUAUCCUUGUUCCAUAUAACUUGCCCCCAUGGUUAUGCAUGAAAGAGGCGUUCUUUAUAACGUCUCUCAUUAUUCCUGGACCAAAAUCACCAGGAAAUGAGAUCGAUGUAUACUUGCAACCUCUUAUAGAUGAAUUGAAUGAUCUUUGGACAAAUGGGGUUGCUACAUACGAUGCCUCUGCUAUGGAAACAUUAUUGCUACAUGCUGCUUUAUUGUGGAUAAUUAAUGACUUUCCGACAUAUGGUAACCUUUCAGGGUGGUCAACUAAAGGCAAACUAGCAUGUCCUACUUGCAACUUGGGUACAGAUUCUAUGUGGUUGACAUAUGGUCGAAAGCAUGCAUAUAUGGGACAUCGUCGAUUCUUACCUGCAAAUCACAUAUGGAGAACAAAAAAAAGUGUUUUCAAUGGUAAGUGUGAUCAUCACACCUCGCCAAAUUUGUUAACAGGACUUGAUAUUAUCAAUCAACUAAGUUUUAUUGGAGAUGUACACUUUGGUAAGGGUUUGAAGAAAAGGAAACGUAAUCCCAAUGAAUUGAAUUGGACGAAACGGAGCAUAUUCUUCAAUUUGCCAUAUUGGUCGACACUUAAGCUCAGACAUAAUCUAGAUGUUAUGCAUAUUGAGAAGAACAUAUGCGACAACAUCUUGGGAACCUUCAUGAACAUUCCUGGGAAGACAAAAGAUAAUAUCAAUUCUCGGCGCACCCUUUCCAAUCUGGGUAUAAGAAAUGAGUUACAUUUGAUCCAAGAUGGUCAGCGGUGUACAAUGCCACAUGCAUGUUUCACAUUGUAUGGAGAUGAGAGGAAAAGUUUCUGUGAAUGGCUAUCAGCUGUGAAAUUUCCAGAUGGAUUCGCUGCAAAUGUUUCACGAUGCGUUUCUACACAUGAUUGUAAAAUCUCAGGUUUCAAAAGCCAGGAUUGUCAUGUUUUCAUCCAAAGACUACUUCCUGUUGCAGUUGGGGGGUACUUAAAAAAUGAUGUUAGCAUGGCUUUGAUUGAGCUUAGCAAUUUUUUCAAAGAACUGUGUGCAAGAACACUUGAUGUGAACCUGUUGACUCAGCUUGAGAGUGAUAUCGUUGUCAUUCUAUGCAAGUUAGAGAUGAUCUUUCCCCCUUCAUUUUUUGAUGUUAUGGUCCAUCUAGCAGUUCAUUUACCUCGUGAGGCCUUGCUUGCAGGCCCAGUUCAAUAUAGGUGGAUGUACCCUUUUGAAAGGUAUCUCGACCGCAAUGUUGAUCGGUUAGACGAUGAUGAAGCAGAUGGCUUCUCAAUUUUCACCCAAAAAGUUCGUCCCUUGGGUAUGUCAACUCGUCUUCAAUUAGAUGAUAAACUCUUCAAAUCAGCUAGCUGGUACAUCCUUAACAACUGUACAGAAAUUGCACCUUACAUUGAUGAACACGACAACCAUUGUAAGCUGAAUUACCCACAUUCAGUUGAUCGUACUCACGAAAAACAGUUUCCAAGAUGGUUGAAAGAACGUGUUCAAGAUCAGCGUGCAGUCAACCCUAGUGACAUCUCUGCUGAUCUAUAUGCUAUAGCUUGUGGCCCUGACCCUUGGGUCGCAUCAUAUGUUGGUUGCAUAGUAAAUGGAAAAAGGUUUCAUACAAAAGCACUUGAAGAACUUCGUCGUACUCAAAAUUCUGGUGUGUUCGUGACUGGUGAACAUCAAUCCAACAGUUUAGACUUUUAUGGUUCUAUAGAUGAUGUUCUAGAAUUACACUAUAUGGGAUGGCGCCAUGUCUAUUUAUUUAAAUGUCAAUGGUAUGACGUUGGUGAUCGUAGACGAGGAAUAAGAGUGGAUAACCACAUGUGUAAUGUCAAUAUGAACUGGACAUGGUAUAAGGAUGAACCUUUUGUGUUAGCGUGCCAAGCUUCACAAUGUUUUUACAUAAAAGAUACAAGGGUGAAAGGUAAUUGGUAUGUUGUACAAAAGUUCAUAGACAGAAAUGUAUAUGACAUUCCAACGGGGGCUCCAGUAGAAGACCACGAUGCAGAAGCAAGGGACAGUACUGAAGCAUAUAAGGAGGAUGAGUCCUUUAAUAUUUACACGACUGUCGAAUGUGGUGAAGCCCUUUUAUUGGCUCCACUGCACAGGAGUGACUUAGAACCAAGCCCAAUUGAUAACUCAACAAACAUUGCUGAAAUUAAUCAUGCUUCGCCACUUGGAGACUUUAUCAACGAUGCUGAGAUGGAGACUGAAUCAGAGGAUGGAGAUGAAAGUCAUGAUGAAACUAAUAAUGAGGAUGUAUCAACCGAUGAAGAUAUACCAUCAGACUAA